AUGAAUGCUUCUCAAUCCCACGAAGACGUGCCGCUUUCCAUAGUAAACGCUAGCCUGUCGGAGCCGAGAAGGAACAGCAACUGGCCACGACGACGAACGAAACACUGGGAGAUCUCGAUAAGGCUGAAUAACGACAAGGGAUCAAUCUUUUGGAGCCGCCAGGCCCAAGUCCAUGAUAAACCCAACCAAACGAACCUCAUCUCCAUUGGAAAUAAGCGGGCAGCGAGACUAUUUAAAGUCACAAAAUACAUAAUUUGUCAGGAGCCAGAAACUGCAUCCCGCAUUUUCGUUUGUCAAUGUGCUUACAGCGUAGAUGUAUUUCAGUCGCAACUUUUUGAGUAUCGGCCAUACAUACGGAGUACGGAGUCCUAG